GGAGAAAUGACCAGCCCUGGGCCUUUGGAGAAGGAGGCAUAUGAUAUGUCAGGUGCCCGCCUGGCCCUAACACUGUGUGUCACCAAAGCCCGGGAAGGCUCAGAGACAGAUCUGGAUGCCCUGGAAUACAUGUUCCAACAGCUGAGAUUUGAAAGCACCAUGAAGCGAGACCCCACUGCCCAGCAAUUCCAGGAAGAGUUGGAAAAAUUCCAGCAGGCCAUAGAUUGCCGGGAAGACCCCAUCAGCUGUGCCUUUGUGGUACUCAUGGCUCAUGGAGAGGAAGGCCUCCUCAAAGGAGAGGAUGAACAGAUGGUCAAGCUGGAGAACCUCUUUGAGCUCCUGAACAACAGGAAUUGCCGAGCCUUGAGAGCCAAGCCUAAGGUGUACAUCGUGCAGGCCUGUCGAGGAGAGCAAAAGGACCCUGGUGAAACAGUAGGUGGAGAUGAGAUUAUGACGAUCACACAAGACAGCCCCCAAACCAUCCCAACUUACACGGACACCCUCCACAUCUACUCCACGGUAGAGGGGUACAUCGCCUACAGACACGACCAGAAGGGCUCCUGCUUCAUCCAGACCCUGGUUGAUGUGUUCACAAAGAAGAAAGGACCCAUCCUGCAGCUUCUGACAGAGGUGACCCGGCGGAUGGCAGAAGCAGAGCUGGUUCAGGAAGGGAAAGCGAGGAAAGUGAACCCCGAAAUCCAAAGCACCCUCCGGAAACAGCUCUAUCUGCAGUAGCCGUGGAAA